AUGUCAAGACUGUCACAACAGCAACUUUCUCAUGCCCAACAAGUAGCUGUCACGACCAGUCAUCAACACGAAUCCGAUGUUGAAGACGAGGAGAAUCCCUAUUCCACGAUAAAGAAAUCCCCUCUGCGGUCGACGAUUCUGAAGAAUUUGGAGACACUUAUCGAGAAGAAUACGGCGGAUAAAGUGGCUGACCAACAAAAGUCCAGGAGAAGGGAAGCAAAGAAGAUACCGCCUGGUUCCGCUUAUUUACGUCCAUCUUUCUAUAAUGAUGCCAGUAUGGACAACAUGCUUCGCGAUUUGGAGAAUGCGACGACGAUAAAAAAGAAGGUGCCCCUGAUCGAUCGUCUUGGAGAUGUCGAUCGAGUCGAUAUUGCUUUACUCAUUUCUUUUAUUUUAUUAGUAAUAUUUGGAUUUUCCGGUUUUUACAUUUUAAUUAAUGAAUUUUGA